CUGUCGGGAACUGUACAGGAGAGGAGAAACAUUCCCGAUGGAGUAACACUUCUAAACAGUAUUCUGUAAGCGCAGUGAUUUGGGACUGGAUUGAAAUCUUUUAAACAUCCUAAUUCACACUGAUAUUUUAAAUUCCACGGAUUAAUCAACGGUAAGCAUCAUCCUUUUGGGAAAGACAGUAUUUGCGCAGUAUGCUGCGAUGGAAUAUACUGAGACGGAAGGGAAUUGCUGGGAUUUCCAUAAGUUUGACUUGUGGUAGAUAACUUGGAUUUGGAAUCGCGCGUCUCCUGCUCUGUUUGUGAAUUGAGGUAUAAUUUUAGGAUGCAAAAUGGAUUCUUUCUGUUCCAGCGGAUGGUUAUGAUGCGAGUUUUGUUUUGAGGGGGAAUUGAAAGAUAUGGUCAGUGGUCAGUCAGGAGAGACUGAAAAUUUCCCGCGCCUGCUCUGCGGUGGAAGACUACAGGCGGGUGCUCGUGGAAGAACCGAACCAUCUGAAGAGAGCGCGUGCCAUGCCGUUUUGGGUCUCGAGCGGUAGAAAGCUGUAAAACCUGUGGCCAGGAGUUGACUGAGACGCGGUGAUGGGCUUUGCUAUGAGGCACCGCUGGUUCAUGGUGCCACUGCUAAUGCAGGCAUGGCUGUCUGCCACCCCUUGCUUUGGUGAGCGUCCUUGCCCCCGGAGCUGUCGAUGCGAUGGCAAAAUUGUAUACUGUGAGUCUAGCGCAUUUCGUGAUGUUCCCAAGAACCUCUCAGGCGGCUGUCAAGGCCUGUCCCUGCGGUAUAACAGCUUAGCAAGCCUGAAGGCAGGCCAAUUUGUUGGCCUCAACCAGCUCAUUUGGCUGUACCUGGACCACAACUACAUUGCCAAUGUGGAUGCACGUGCUUUUCAAGGGAUACGGAGGCUCAAAGAGCUAAUACUGAGCUCCAACAAGAUCACACUGCUACAUAACACCACAUUUCACCUGGUACCCAACUUGAGGAACCUGGACCUUUCCUAUAACAAGCUACAAGCUCUACAACCAGGGCAGUUCCAGGGACUGCGCAAGCUACUCAGCUUGCAUAUGCGCUCAAACUCCCUUAAGAAUCUUCCCUCUCGCCUUUUUCAAGACUGCCGUAAUCUUGAAUUCCUUGACCUUGGUUACAACCGACUACGCAGCAUUACUCGCAAUUCAAUGUCCGGCCUGAUGAAGCUAACAGAGCUGCAUAUUGAGCAUAACCAGUUCUCCAAAAUCAACUUUUUCAACUUUCCACGCUUCUAUAACUUGCGUGCUCUUUACUUACAGUGGAACCGCAUUAGGACCAUGAGUGAAGGCCUUACAUGGAGCUGGACAUCAUUGCAGAAGCUUGACCUUUCAGGAAAUGACCUUCAGGAGAUCGAUGCAGAGGUGUACCGGGGCAUACCAAAUCUUCAGACACUUAACCUGGAUUCAAACAAGCUUGUUAAUGUGUCUCAAGAAGCUGUGGAUGCCUGGACCUCUUUGACAGCAAUUAGUCUGGCAGGCAACAUGUGGGACUGUGGACCAGUUGUUUGCCCACUGGUGGCCUGGCUGAGAACCUUCCGUGGAAACAAAGAAAUUAAUAUGAUUUGCGCAUCACCCAAAGAAGUCCAAGGGGAGAAGGUUAUGGAUGCUGUUGAUGCCAAUGGGGUUUGUAGGGCUGCUAUGCCAUCAACUGUAUCUGCAACUGUUCCCUCUACCCCAUUUAUCGCCUUUGCCCAGUCCACAGCCAGCUCUUUCAUGCCAACUCUAAAGUCUGGAGACAGCAGAAGGGGCCAGGGGACAUCCUUGGAAGGUACCACCUCUUCUGCACCUUCUCAGCCCGCUGUCCCACCACCUGAGCAAGACUUUGAACCUGUAUCAUUCCACAAGAUAGUGGCAGGAAGUGUUGCCCUCUUCCUGUCGGUUGCCAUGAUCCUCCUUGUAAUUUAUGUGUCAUGGAAGCGCUAUCCAAGCAGUGUUAAGCAGCUACAGGAAAACUCGGCUGCAGCUCGCAAACGUCGGAAAAAGUCACGGGAGACAGAGCGCACACUCAGCACACCAUUGCAGGAGUACUAUGUGGACUACAAGCCUAAUAACACAGAGGGCACGGAUGUGCUGGUCAAUGGUACCGGGCCAUGCACUUACACCAUCUCUGGCUCCAGAGAAUGUGAGGUCCCUCACCAGAUGAGCACUCUAGCCUUCUACAGGUACGAGCAGCCCAUAGUGGACUACUGCCAGGCUCAUCAGCCCCUGCGGCUCAACAUGAGCUACGAGGGGCCGCCGCAAAGCCUGGAGGGGCUGGAGGAGCUUCCCCCCCGCGAGAGGAGCACCAUCCAGACUGUGGCCCUGCCGGCAGUGCCCACCAUCAACACGGGCACCACAGGACCCUGCUCCCCACCCAGCCAGAGAGCACCCAUGGAGGGGCCCAGCAUCCCAUACCCCACCACAGAACGCUCCAUUAACUAUCCAACAACAGAACGUUCCACCAGCACCCUCACUUUUAGACGCUAAUAGUUCCACUCGCAAAUCAAGGCAUGAUGGGUACUUUCAAAAGAGGAUGUGCCUGGGCGGUGAUCCACAUCCACAUUUUCGCAGCGGCACGUCUGAAAACUGCGCGUACUGCUGUGCACUAACUGUUUCUCGCAAAUAUAGAGAAGUGAAAAACAUUCCCACGACAUCGCUGGAGGACACGAGGAUCUGGCAAAUGGUACACUUUCAUUGUGGAGUGCAGUGUAUCCUGGAAAAUGGGAUUCCAUUCGUCUUUUUCCAUCUUUUCUUUGUUCCGACUCAAAGGCCCGUACACGUUUUGUUGUCCCCGUUCUGCUCAGUGGCAAAUUGAAAUCCAAUGCAACAUGCAUAAGACCUUAAACGUGGCUUUGGUUUCAUUCAGCCGCUCGCUCUGUACCAACUCUACAGGACGCCUUCUCUGAAGAGUAGAUAAUGGUGAUUCUCUCAUGCUGAGUGAAGAAUGAAUAGGAAUGUGCAAUAAAUAAGUCUUUUUCUUUCUUUUUUUUGACAAGGAGAGAGUGUGAGAACGAGAAAAUGAAACGAAACAAAUUAAUGUUCACCAGAGCUCAAAGGCCUCUCGCUGUUAUUUUCAUUUAGUUGCCAGGGAGUGCUCAUAAAUGCUGUCAUUAUUUGAUUAAAAAGACAGAUCUGUCCAGACAUGAGCAUCUCAGAUGGAAGAUCUCUUGAGUAUAAAAAAAGCAUUCAUUAAAAGUGAAAUGAAGUCUUACAAAGCAAGGUCUUUCAGAGUGCACAUGUACCAAAGAUCAAGCUACUUUAGAUGUACAUAUAGCUUGUCUUUCUUUUCAAAAUGUAAUCUGACUAAUCAGUGUGUGUCUAUUGCAUACUGUAAUGUGCGG